GCGUGCGUGUGCGCGCGCAGCAGCGGCAGGAGGAGGAGCUCGGGCUCCUCCGCCGCGCGAUAACAGGCUGCCGCCUCGGCGGCGUUAUCUUCCGUUCCCCGCCGUCCGAGCAGCGGAUCUCCCCCGGAGUCGCACCAGGAUUUAUUUGAUUCUCAUAAACCGUCGCCCCGAGCUGCAGGGCUCCGCCCAUGGUGUCCCCGGGAGCCUCCGCCGCAUUCUCUCGACUCUACGGCAACUUUCGGCGGCCGCGCGGGGGUCUGGACCAGAAGAAUGGAAGCGUGGUUCUCGCACCGCGUCCUCGGACUGUCCCUGUUCGCGCUCCUGCUGGCGGCGCCGGGGCCCCUCGGCGCCGGGACCCCCGGUAACAACGGCACGGACCCCGUAACGGCCGGCGCGCGCCACUCCACCGGCAAAGAUGAACUCGGUAGCGCCGGGAGCGGCGCUACCUCCACUUCAUCCUCCAGCGAGAGUUUAUCACCAUCACAGAGGAACCUCCUGCUCGCACGCGCCGCGGCGGAAACGCACGGUGCGGCCAGAAGCGGCCAGUCCGGCUUCUUUCACGAUACUGAACGGACACAAGCUUUCACAGAAACAAGCAGCAGAUCAUUGGAGACCACAGGUCUAUCUACUGAGCCACUCGCCUCCACCCUUGUGGUAGCCACCACUGAGGCCAGCAGCAGCAUCGCCAGCAGCAGCAGCACCAGAAGCAGCAGCAUCACUAGCGGCAGCAGCAGCAGCACCAGUAGCAGCAGCAUCACUAGCGGCAGCAGCAGCAGCACCAGUGGCAGCAGCAUCACCAGUGGCAGCAUCACCAGUGGCAGCAGCAUUACCAGUGGCAGCAUCACCAGUGGCAGCAGCAUCACCAGUGGCAGCAGCAUCACCAGUGGCAGCAUCACCAGUGGCAGUAGCAGCAUCACCAGUGGCAGCAGCAUCACCAGUGGCAGCAACAGCAUCACCAGUGGCAGCAUCACCAGUGGCAGCAUCACCAGUGGCAGCAGCAUUACCAGUGGCAGCAUCACCAGUGGCAGCAGCAUCACCAGUGGCAGCAGCAUCACCAGUGGCAGCAUCACCAGUGGCAGUAGCAGCAUCACCAGUGGCAGCAGCAUCACCAGUGGCAGCAACAGCAUCACCAGUGGCAGCAUCACCAGUGGCAGCAUCACCAGUGGCAGCAGCAGCAUCACCAGUGGCAGCAUCACCAGUGGCAGCAGCAUCACCAGUGGCAGCAGCAGCAUCACCAGCGGGAGCAGCAUCACCAGUGGCAGCAGCAUCACCAGUGGCAGCAUCACCAGUGGCAGCAUCACCAGUGGCAGCAGCAGCAUCACCAGUGGCAGCAUCACCAGUGGCAGCAGCAUCACCAGUGGCAGCAUCACCAGUGGCAGCAGCAUCACCAGUGGCAGCAUCACCAGUGGCAGCAUCACCAAUGGCAGCAGCAGCAUCACCAGCAGCAGCAGCACCAGCAGCAUCACCAGUGGCAGCAACAGCAUCACCAGUGGCAGCAUCACCAGUGGCAGCAGAGACUGGAGGGACCUUACUAGCACAGAACACAUGUUAACCUCCUCCCGUGAGGAGCAGGACACCCGUCUGCCCCAGAACAGCCCAAGCACCACCCUCCUGUUUGAAGACGCGACGCCUCUGUCAUCACAGACUGCUGUCCUCACCGACCACACCUACACUUCCACCACAAUCAGCAGAGCUGGGGAGAGAACGCUGCUGUCGGUUACAUCCUCCUCCAGCAACAUCACCUCCUCUGGGUUUACAGAACACUCCAGUUCCCAGCAGCCCUCCUCCACCUGGGACGGUCCUUCUGGUGCGACAGAGACUGAGCACUAUACCCACAGCGCCCCAUCCACUGGGACUGACAGCAGGGAUACAACAAACCAGCAAAUGACCCAAUCCACUCAGGACACACAGGAGACUGGGAGCCCAGGGGGGUCCCAGACGACCCACAGGGCAACGCAUAGUUUAUCUAGUCUGCCAAACGCCACCCAGCAUCAACCCUCCUCAACGGCCCAGGAGCCCUCAGGCUCCACGCCACCUCUCAGAGCCACAGCGCCCAGUACCGAGCAGUCUGUGGCGCCAGCUUCCCACACGCCGCCCAUCACCUCGCCUACAGGAGGCGCCACCAACGCCUCCGAGUCGGACCAUAACCUUAGAAGCACAGAGCCCACGACCGCCAGCCACAGCACCAGCACCCAGAACCAAGACGGGACGGAGCGUUUCUCAUCCCAGAACCCAGAGGAAAGUGUGAGCGUGGGUUCCAGCACAGUGUCUCCCUCCGUCAGCGGCAGCACGUCUGAAAUGAGCUCCUCCACAGAGACGCCAGCGUACACGUACCUCACCACUGCACCCGUGAACGUCACAGACCGGUCACAGAUGACAGAAAACACCGCGUCCACCACCGCCACCACAGCUACACCGCCUCUGCCCGCAGCCUCAUCCUCCACGUUCAGCAGCACCAGCCGCCCAGCUCCGGAGUCGCCCACCGAGGCCACCGUCCCGGACACCACGGCCCCCACCCCGACCCCCACCCUGGCCCUGCAGACGUCCACGGCCAGCACAACACCCAGCGUGCCGCCCAGCCGGACCCAGGGCCCUCCGACCGCAAGCGACAGCCCCACAGACGCCACCACCCUCCAGACAGAAACGGGCCCUGGCACUGUGGAAGUGACCACGGCUCCUGGACUCUACAUCAGCACCACCUACACCCGCAGCCCCCCAGCUACGACUACGGAGGCUGUGCACACAACUGGGAAACAGACAGACAGGGCAACCACAGAGCUGCUCACGACAACGUCACCUAGUGACAUCCAAACCACUGGAGUCCCACCACUAACAACGAACCCCUGUGCGUCAAACCCCUGCGUGAACGGCGGCUUGUGUCUCUAUAACUAUACCACAAGUCAGUUCAGCUGUAAAUGUCAGCAGGCGUGGACAGGGCCGACCUGCAACCAGGAUGUAGAUGAAUGUGAGCAGGAGCCCUGUCCAGCUGGCUCCCUGUGUGUGAACACACGGGGCUCCUUCAGCUGUGAGUGUCCGCUCGGCUUCGACCUGGAAGACGGACGCACAUGCACCAGAGCUAAGACUUUUCUGGGGACGUUCAGAGUGUCACGUGACGCUGCCAACACGCAUGAGAUCCAGAGAGAGCUCAUCCAGCUGCUCAACGCAUCGCUGUCAUCCCUGCGAGGUUACAGGCGCUCGACCCUGAGCAAGAAAGAGAACAAUGGGCUUCACAUCUUAGCCGUCAACAUGUUUUCCAUUUCUGCUAAUGUGACGAGUGCUGAGGUCUACAGCAGCAUCCUUGUGUCUCUCAGCAACUGCAGCUCCUCGUUGGCCCACUGCCGUAAGGUCCUGAACAGCGUGGCGCUACCUGUUUACCUUCAUAACCUCACUUACCAUGAGGAGAGUCUGUGUGCGGCCCAGGAGACUCAGUGCGACAAGGAUCGCUCCAGCUGCGUCGACAACAGUGGCACAGCUCACUGCCAGUGUCAUGAAGGAUACUACAAACACAAUCCUGAUGACCUGUCCUGCCUAGAAUGUGGGGAUGGCUACAAGCUGGAAAAUGGCACCUGCAUCCCGUGCAUCUUUGGAUUUGGUGGAUUCAACUGUGGAAAUUUUUACAAGCUGAUUGCUGUUGUAGUGGCACCUACAGGGGGCGGCCUGCUGCUCAUCCUCAUCAUCGCUCUUACUGUCACCUGUUGCAAGAAAAAUAAAAACGACAUCAACAAGAUCAUCUUUAAGAGUGGAGACCUGCAGAUGUCGCCAUAUGCAGACUUCCCCAAAAAUAACCGCAUAUCCAUGGAGUGGGGCAGGGAGACUAUAGAGAUGCAAGAGAACGGCAGCACCAAGAACCUGCUGCAGAUGACUGACAUUUACUACUCUCCUGCACUGCGAAACUCUGACCUGGAUAGAAAUGGCCUGUACCCGUUCAUGGGUCUGCCAGGCUCCCGCCACUCAUGCAUAUACCCAGCCCAGUGGAACCCCUCCUUCAUUAGUGAUGAUUCACGAAGACGAGACUACUUCUAACGGCCCCACCUUGAAUACUACAACACACACACUAGGACCCUCUUACACUGACAACCUUGCACAUCAUCCGCAUUGAGGGCUGCACAUUCAUUAUGUAAACGUGUGCAUGUGUGUGUGUUCAUGUCAUGCAAGCACAUCAUUUUGCAAAUAAUAUAUGUGACUUUGCGGGACCUUUUGCAUAUUUUUGGCUCAUUUGCUAGACUGGACUGUUGUUUAAGUUAAAAGUGCUUUUCCUCCCUUACUUGAAUGAAUGAUUGGCCAAUAGACGUGGAAAAGACACAUGCAUUUUCUUUAAGGGGAUGCUAAGUGUAUAAAGAGUCUAUAACCUGUCUAAAUCACUGACACUGUAUGGUGUCUAUAUUAAUAUGUGCCACUGCUGUUUUUUCUUAGAUAUUAAUCAUAAAAAUAUAGAAUGAACGGAAGACAUUAAUAACAAACCACUGAACGUUGCACAAGGUUUUGUUCACACCCACUGAGAAAACCACUUAAUGAUGGAAUAUUUUAUUUAUUAAUUGUGUGACCUUAUUCUUGACAUAUAGCAUAAUACAAACUGACUGAAUUCAGAGUGAUAAUACUGUGUGUGUGCGUGGGUGCAUGCAGUGUGUGUGUGAGGACAAAUUUUGAAUACUAAAUACGAAGGAUCAUAACUGUUGUUGAUUGUAAAGAUGUAUUAUAAUUAGUUUGCUAUUUCUGACAUGGAGUAUUGCUUUUAUGUGACCGUUUUUAAAUGUGUUUAUAUGGUCUGUUAAUUCUGGCGUUUUAGGCAGAUGUGCUUAUUUAAAUAAAACCAUUGGAAACCCG